AUGACGAAAGAAAGGCUCAGAGAAAUAUGCAAGCAAAAUAAAUUGUACAUUAUCCCUCGUCACAAUGAUGUUUUAUAUCUCCAUUUUAAAGGAUUUUCAAAGAUUGAAAACUUGGAAGAAUAUACUGGGCUAAAAUGUCUGUGGAUAGAAAAUAAUUGCCUUACAAACAUUUCUGGACUCGAAAAUCAAACAGAGCUUGUCGGUUUGUACAUGCACAACAACGCCAUCUCCAAAAUCGAAAAUCUUGAUUGCUUGAUUAAACUUAACACGUUAAAUUUGAGCCAUAAUUUUGUUAAAAUUAUUGAAAACUUAGAUCACUUGCGGGACCUUAAUUCGUUGAUUAUGUCUCACAACAAACUUUCUACAGCGAGCGAUAUUGCUCAUUUGGCCAGCUGUAAAACCUUGUCUAUACUUGAUCUUUCAUAUAACUACUUAGACGAUCCAGAAAUCGUCGAUGUAUUUACUAACAUGGAAUCUUUGCGUGUUUUGUCUUUAACUGGAAAUAGUGUGAUUUCAAAAAUAAAAAAUUAUCGAAAAACAUUAACUGUAAAAUGUAAAGAACUUCGUAAUCUGGACGAAAGACCAAUAUUCAAAAAGGACCGUUUGUGCGCAGAAGCUUGGAGUACGGGCGGGAUCGAAGCGGAACAAGCCAUGAGAACCAAAUUAAACCAAGACGAACAAAAAGUUAUUUCGGAUUCCGUACGUGCGAUAAUGAGUAUGCGUCGAAAUAGGAAUGUACAAAUUACUCCAUCGGCCUCUGGGGACAGCGGCUAUCAGGAAGGUGUCGACGGGAGAGAUUCUACGGACAGCCUGAUCGUGUCUAAAGACUAUUACGACGAAUGCGAUUCUUCGGACGACGAUUCUGCCGACGAUGGAUCGCCCACCAAAGCCGCACUUCCGUUGGUAUGCGAAAUCGUCGAUAAUAACAACGGCGGAGAUGACUCUACCGACAAUUUUUUGACACGCGAUAACAGUACCGAUAACGAUGGUUUAAGCGAUCUUGAAAGUGAUGUAGUAGAUCGUCAGUGUGAUCGAAUAGAAGAAUCGAGUACUUGCACUGCCACAGUAGACAAUGGCAGCGGAAGCCAAGAAGACAUCGAUGGUUGCUAUCCCUCGAUUAUCGGUAUUGUAAACGAUAGUAACGAAUCUGCAGAACGAUUGGACGAAAAAUGCGAACACUCCGUUGACAGUAAAGUCGACACGUUUGAUAGCGAAGUGGUGAAUAUCGCCGUAGCAAACAAUACUGAACCAUCUCUCAAACAGUGUACCGAUGACCUUUUAAGUUCAAACGAUUCGACCGAUUUGGUCAUUGAACGUACCAAAAACGAGUUUGCUUCUGUAGAGACAAUUCACGUCAAUGCCGAAAUAAAUUCAGACGAAAAUGAAAAAUGUGUAAAGACAAAUUUGGAUUUCAACGAUGACAAAAAUAGUAACGAAAACUACAAUAAUAAUAACGUAAUAAAUAAUCAUUAUCGAAGUUUCGGUGGAUCAAUCGAAAUUAACAAAACAUUAACGGUUAACAUCAACAAAAAUUCUGAAACAUUUAAAAGCAAUUUAAAAAAAGGCAUCGAAGGUUUACCUACAUUAUGUUCGGAGCAAAGUAUUAACACUUCGCAAAUUUUAUGCGCAAAAAAGCUGUAUACCCUUGAUAUAAUUGAUCAUAAUAGUGCCGAAGAAGAAUCGGGUUCAUCUACAACCUGCAAAUCUGAUCAAAAUCAAAUUCAAGAAACUUCAAUUCGACUUCCAUGGCUGUUACCAUCUCAAACUACAGAAGAAGAGUAUUAUAUUAAAAAAAGUUCUGAAUAA